AUUUCCUUCGUAGCUAUGAAGCAAAUGCUUCGUAGGCUUUUAAGAGUGUGGAGUUCAAACUGCGUCGAGAAUUCUGGCCGCCUCCAUCGGUCUCUGACCUACUGUGUGAUCCGAAGACGACAAAGCUGCGACUGCGCCGAGAGGUGCCGGUCAUACAAACUCACGCUCUUCAACCGACCCCGGGCACUUCGUAGCGCCCAUUCCCCGCGACCAGGACGGACUGACUUACGUUCAAGUCGCGGCGCGAGGACGCCCGUGCUGUGGCUACCCCAGACCGACGCCAAGGGCCGACUGACUCAGUUUCCGCUCCGUUCCGUUCCACCCGACCCGCGCAUUCCGCGGCCCGGCCGGGCGGCCAGUGCCAGGUCAGCAGCAGGGCUGGCAGGCAGUGACGGAUCCAGAGUCAGCCUGGGGGGCGGCAACUGCAGAUCGCGAAGCCUUUGUUACGCCAAGACGUGUUUCUGCGAUGUCCCACCGUGUUAUUUAAAGACCCGCGGACUACGUGGCUCCCUCGCCGUGAUUGUCAACCACCUCGACUUCUCGAACAUAUCGACGCCGGCCGAGACUUUCUGCGCUGCCCUGCCCGUCAACAUCACCCCGCUCUGUGGCCAAGCCUGCCGCCAUGACCGAUGUAAAUGGAUUAAAUCAGGACUCGUGGAGUGGAGGCCUAACCCGUGUUUGGAUUGGCUGCUUUCGCCAACGAAGUGGAAGUGUCGCCGUCAAUACGCUGUAAUCCAUUUUCCUCUGCUGGCCAUGCCGGACGACGCGUUGGUGCGCGUGUUGGCCCUCCUGCCGCCCAGAGAGGUCUUCCGCCUCCGAUUGGUGUGUCGGCGGCUCCGGGACCUGAGCCUCCACCCGGACGUUUGGCGCUCUGUUAGCCUCCGUGGCGGUGACCAAGGCCUUCUCCAAGCCGCGCUCAGGCUCGCUCCUUGCCUCCGCAAAGUCUCGCUGCGCUCGCCGCAUCUGCAGGCUGCGGCCUGCACCGUUUGCAACUCCAAGUGCGUCGUCACCGACCUCAAGCUGUCCGUUCAGAAUGAGACCGAUGCUGCCUGGGCCACCGCCAUAGUACAAAGGCUCUCCACUCUGGGCGGCUUGAGAGAGAUCACCCUACUUCUGAACCCUGCCGCCCCCGACGCUUUGCAUCCCCUUCUGCGGAUGGUUUACUGCGUUCAAGACUUACGCGUAUUGAGGAUACGGAUCAACUCGGACAUGUCAGAGCUACCGCCUCUACUGUCAGACCUCGAGCCUAGACCUUCCCUAACUACACUCCAUUACGAAGGUGCAGCCUCUGACCCUUUCCUCUGUUUUUUGCUGCGCACGCACGCGGCCACCCUUGAAGAUGUUGAUCUGUACCUAAAGGAUGGGCUCCCCACAUCGCUGUUAAAAUCGUUGCCCAGGCUGCGCUCCCUGACUUGCUUUCCGACUGAUGACCUAUCUCAGCUGAAAAGCUUACCCAACCUGGAGACACUUGGGCUGUUGGAUCUCGAAGUGCAGGACGCACCUUGUCCGGGAACAGUGGACUUCCUCCUUCAGGGGCCGCGCUUGCGGCAUGUGGAGUUCCACUUGAAACCCAACCGCCCAAUUGUCGGCGCCGCUCUUCUAGAGGCUUUGGCCCAAUCGCCGUCCGCCCCCGUUCUGGAAAGGCUGUCCUUAAAAGGCGUGGGAGAGUGGCCUGUGGCCGCGGCACUCCAUCGGUUUCCAUCCCUGCAAGCACUCGCCCUUGUAUUGGACGCCAUGCCCUCGGACGACUUCUUCCGUGCAGUGAGCCCCGCCUCCACACCGCGCCUUGCCACGCUGCAACUUGUGCCCCACGGCUGCCCCCACGCCUGGCUGCACGACCCGGCCGUGCAGGACGUCCUCGCGAGGAACGCGGGGCUCCACCUCCGCCUGUCAGGCCCUCCCACCCUCGAGGACGACUGUGCCUGUCGGUGGUGCCUCUGGCGCUGCCACCGGGACGAGCUCCGGACGCACGCAGGCCUGCAGUCCGCCUUCUCGGCGCACACCAGGCGGCCCGGCUGCCCCAGGGACUGCCGAAGGUGGCUCUGACGCCCCCCCUGCCCGCCGCAUCGUGAUUAUGUGGCAUGUUGAAGCAGGAACUUUCUCCACUCUAAAUAAACCAUUUAAUGUUUGAACUUCAGUCUUUAACGCCACUGUCCGAUCGCACGUUUCCUUUUCAUAAUACUUUUUCAGAUUCAAAGUUUUUGAGUGAACCGGAACAGACUUAGUUAAGUUCGUCCCAGUUUUCUCGUAGAGUUCUGAAUACAGCCGCUAAAAGAGCCUGAACUGCCUGGCACUGCGUUCCGCCCGGGGGUUUCGCAAGAUUGCACAACAUAGUUUUCAGUUCUGUAUCAAUCUCUUCCAAGGUUUUCUUGUGCUUUGAGAAACACAUCAGCACAACAGAUAUCCUUGGCCUCUAAGUGGACGCUUUGUUUUAUGCCACAGUGAAGAAAUCAUAUCCAUCAAUUAGGCCGUUGGAAACAGUUUUUUAUAUUGUCCAGGGCGUGCAAGCACUUGACUUUUGCACUUUCUGUAACUCUGGAAGGGCGAGGGAUAAAAAAGUUAUGCAGAAGGGUGACCCCAUCUUAAUUAAAAUUUUAGUCAACUAUCACACUUUCCGACUUUUUUUUUGUCAGGAUCUGAAACGGGUCUUCCAGGUGCUGCAAGGCAUAUAAAAUUGCCAGUCACUGACUGAAAAGCUUUAUCCAGUCUAAUCCUUGUAUUUUUUUUCAUGUUCUAUUUGGAUUUUGAGCUCAGGCUCAUUUGUAUGUUCUGUACCUUGUUCGUAACAUUUGUAGUUGGAUGUAACCUGACGUACAUGCUCCUUCUUUAAUGAAGAAAGACUACGCGGGA